AUGAAUAAAAACUCUGAAAUUCUCUCAGAUGAACAAAAUAGAUCUCCGAUGAUGAUUCAGCUGGCUAGUUUACGAAGGCUAAAAGAAGUCGGUUGGUAUUGGGGUCCAUUGAGUUGGAUUGAAGCUGAACGAUUACUUAAAGAUAAACAAGAUUAUUCAUUUAUUGUUCGCGACAGUAGCCAUCGUCAUUAUUUUCUAGCUAUAACAUUUAAAUCGCAAGGCAACAUUCAUCAUACUCGUAUAGAACACAGUAACAAUUCAUUUAGUUUCUAUCAUGGAACUUCGAAAUCACAAUGUACAUCACCAGAUAUAGUAGAAUUUAUAGAAAAUACAAUUGAACAUUCAAAAUCGGGUCAAUUUAUGUUUUUUAUUCGAUCAAAUAUACCCGGUCAACCAAUGACACCUGUGCGUCUUCUAUAUCCAGUAUCACGUCUUGCUUAUAUGCCAUCGUUAAAACACAUAGCCCGGUUUGUAAUACAUCGACACAUAAGCCGAGAUCUUAUCGACGAUCUUGAUCUUCCACGACGAUUGAAAUCAUUUUUAAAAGAAGCCCAGAUUUAUACGGAAAAUAUUCCAUCGUCAGAUGAAAUAGCGGAAACUUGA